AUGUCUACCUCGCGAGUUCCAAGGCCCCGGACGACCUCUGCUACCCCCAGAGGGAAAACUACAUCUACUCCGACUACACCGAGAGCCUCUUCAACUACUGGGUCGACCACCUCGAGCACACGGCCUGCUCGUGGCGGCGGUCCAAGUCUCGCAGCACCAACCUUGAAGACAAAGACGUCUGCAUCAAGGUUGUCACCAAAUAGCCCGCGUAAAACGCCGACAUCGCCGGUGAAAGAGGCUCCGACACCAUCUCCUGUCGUUUCAGCGCGUGCACUCUCUAUCAAAGAGCAGAUUGCACUUCGGCGUGCGGAACAGCUGAAGAAGUCGGCAUCUGUAAAAUCUACGGGCCUGUCAGCGUCUGAUGAACAGGCUUUGGACGAUGCAGCUGCCCCCGUCCAGGAAGAUGACAUCUUAGGCCGUUGGUCGAUAAGGGAUACCAUAGACAGAGCAAAGAGCAGCGGGUCAAUUGUUUUGGCAUCACGAGAGCUUUCGAGGAUCCCGUCAUACCUAUUUGAAUCACACCUCAGCGUGACCCCGGAACCCUUGAAAGAGGCUCCUCCCGAGGUGAUCGAGCCAGAGGGACCUCCGAAGAAGGUCAAAAAAGUCUCCAAUACUGCUUGGUAUGAACAGAUUGAUCUAACGACGUUGAAACUAUGGGACAAUGAGAUUGUAGAGCUGCAGCCCGAAUUAUCUCUGUUCGGAUCUUUGAAGAUUGUGGACCUGCAUAAGAAUAAACUCAGGCGUUUGCCUGAUUCCCUUGCAGACUUGGUAUUUCUCACUCAUCUGGAUCUAUCAGAAAACGAGCUCGAAGAGCUUCCCAGGAACCUCGCCUCGAUGCCCAACCUUCAUACCUUGAAUUUGGCCCACAACAAACUAUCGACAAUUCCACUCAAAGUUGUUCCCUCUGAUGAUUCGCAAUCACGAGGACAAGGCUUCUUUAGCGCCACGAUUGAACGUGCAAAGGUCACUAUGCCCGCCCUUCGAAUUCUCAACAUCUCGCACAACCAGAUCCGUACAGAGUCACUCAUCCUCUCGUCACUACCGCAAGAACUUGCAGACUUUGAUAUCUCCAAUAAUGAACUUGGUGCGGUCGGACCUCUUUUCAAAGCUCUCUUGGCGCUUCCUGGGAUCCAAUCAUUGCGGUUCUCUGCUUGUGGGCUCACAGACGCGGCAUUUCCUCCAUCCGUUGCUCCGCCACCAUCUUUAUCUGUGCUAGACUUGGGAGAGAAUGAGGGACUCACUGAGGAUGCGAUACGCCGUUCCAUAAAGACGAAAGACGUACAUAUCGCACCGACCAACUCCAAUGUUCGUGGCGCCCUGAAUGUCAUCCAUGGAAAGCCAGGUCCUGUGAUGGAGAGCUGGGAGAUUGAGGCAGAAAACAGGGCGAGGCUCCGCAAGAGUUCGACCACUCCGGACAGCAUAUUCUCCAUUGGUAGCUCGGAAGUGCCCAAAGUGAAGUCUCCAAGGCAGAUCGUCAUCAAGCCACUUUCCCCGAGCACUGAGGAGCCAGUCAAAGAGACUUGGGAACUUGAAGCAGAGCAAGGCCUUUCGACCGAAGGAGGUCGUCGACGUGCUCGUGUUCUGGCCGCCGCCGCCACACGAGAUACACCAUCCCCACCCGUCAGCGAGGUUGCAUCGCUCUCCCUCAACGGUGGCGUGGUGUCCCUGGUUCAGUUUUACGAUGGACCUCAUGCCACGCUGACCCUCCCAAAGUCCCAGCCACAACCUCGUACGCACAAUCGCAGCUUUUCAGUGGUCGCAACUGUAAACUCUGCAAGUGCAUCGGAGCUCGCGGUGCCGCUUCCCACUUUGCCGUUACCGACCAUUCUUUCACAGAGCUUUGCAAACUCUAUCAAAGUACUCAUUCUAUCGAGCAGGAGGAUGGAGAUAUCGUUUGUUUUACCCUCAUCUGGGCUCGGUAUCCCGGUCCUUCCUCACCUCGAGGAGCUCUGUUUGGAUAAUUGCAACUUGCCAAGUGAGGUGCCAGUUUCACAGGAAAAUGGACAAUCAGUCAAUAUAAAGGAACCACUGUUGGAAAUGAUCGCUGCACUCUUCCCAUCCCUGUCCACACUCGAUCUCUCUUACAACCUCUUGACAUCCCUAUCUGGAGUCGGAGCGCUUCUGACACCGGAUCCUGAUAAGAAGAGAAAGGGAUUGUCAACUUUGCGGCUCCGCGGGAACAAGCUUUCCUCUCUCGAGCCUCUUGCGGAACUUGGACAGGCCUGGAGAGGAGGAUCAGGUAUUGCAGGUUUUCGAGGGGAGGAGAUUGAUCUACGAGACAACGAAAUUGGAAGACUACCUCCUCUGCUCGGAUUACUGCCGCUCGACGUUCUGCUAGUGGAAGGGAAUACAUUCCGUGUGCCUGCUCGUCGGAUAUGGGAGAAAGAGGGUUCAAAGGGACUGCUCAAGUGGCUCGCAGACCGUGUGUAA